CGCACGUGACUUCACACCCGGAAGUGUUGCCAUGGCGGCGGGCGCGCUCUGGGGGUUCGCGGCCGCGCUGGAGACGCACCGGGGCCGCGACCGGGCGCUCCGGGCGCUGUCCUACGGCUGCCAGCUGGCGGGGGCAGCGCUGCCCGGGCCCGCCGCGCUGCCCGGGGGGCUCCUGGCCGCCUCUGCCCAGCUCAGCUCCUGCCGCACCGUCCUGCGCCUCUUCGACGACCUGGCCAUGCUCCGGCACAGCUGCAGCUACGGGCUGGGCCCCGAGGGCGAGGACGCGCUGGUGCGGGGGCUCUCGGUGCUCUGCAACGCGGCCAACCAGCUCUACUACCCCUGCGAGCACCUGGCGUGGGCGGCGGACGUGGGCAUCGUCCGCGCCGCCUCGCAGAAGUGGUGGGCGCGGAGCACGGCGCUGUGGGGCUGUGCCCUGCUCCUCGGCAUCCUGCGGUCCCUGAGAAUCUUGUUCCAGUUAAGAAGAAAACUGAGCCAGCACAAGUGCAGCACUUCUUCCCCUCAGAGCCAGCAGAAGCUGAGAGCCCAGGUGAAGGCUGAAGUUCUGAGCAUCCUCAUGGACACAGCAGAUCUCUGCAACGCAAUCCACUGGCUGCCUCCAGGAUUCCUCUGGGCAGGAAGGUUCCCUCCAUGGUUAGUAGGACUCCUGGGGACCAUCUCCUCCCUGAUUGGAAUCUACCAGGCAUCGAGAGGAGCGAAUUCUGAAGCUGCUUAAGCCAUAACUGAGCUUCACAAGCCCAGUUUUCAUGUGGUAAAAGUGCCUUCAGUGAGGCAGGGUGUAUUUUAACUUUCCUGGGUCGAUGAUUGUCAUUCCAGACAUCCCAUAAUUGGGACUGGAAUCCAGAUGCCUGUUGCAGAGGGGAUUCUUUGCAGCUGACAAUUUUUAUCACUCUUCAUCAGAGAAAUAAUUCAGGUGAAUCCUUUGAAAAUCAAGAAUCUUCUACAACGGGUAAAACUGAGAGGGAAAGACUUGCUUCCAUCUUUCCCAAGAGAUAAAUGCAACUUUCCAGUGGUUUUUUGCCACUUAAAAGAGCACAAUGGCCACGGUUCUGUCACAGGGGACUGGUAAGGGGUGAAUCCUGUGAGUUCACACUCUGGGCUUGGUGCUGAAUCUGAGCCAGGGAUGGGACCCCUGUCCUGGAGUUCUCCAGGUAUUUUGGGGUUUGGGCUCAGAGCUGCUGCCCAGAGCUCAGCCAGGAGCCACCAGCGCUGUUGUUUGUGACAAUUGUGUUCCCUUAGAGGCGGGAGGGGCAGGAAAUCGCCACUGGAAGCAGCGUGAACCUUCCUAGCCUGCCUUGCCCCUUUAAGGAGAAAUGUUGGAAUUCGAGACUUCCCGCAGAGCUGAGGCUCCAGCUGUGCCUUUGUGGAAUGCCACCGGGUGGAGCUCUUCACCAGGCUCCGGCAGCUGCCAACGGACCUGUUUUUUAAUAAAAAGGAAAAAAAAAAAAGCAGGAAAUUCAUUAAUUACCUUUCAAAGAAGCAAUCAAACCAAUUGGGGUUUGCAGUUACAGUCUGGGCGUUGCCAAUAAUAAACGACACAAACGCUUCAAA